AUGUACAACGAGGACCAGUUUAUUACUUGUUCUUCCCUAGACCUGAAGGGCAAGUCCAGUGUGAAAAUCCUACCAAAGAUUAAAGAAAAUCUUGAAGUCACCAAAGUGAGCUGUUCACCUAACCAAAGCAAUCAAGUGAAUGUCAAAGAAGCAACAAACCUGGAAAAAAAUGAAGAGGAAAUAGAAGACAACACUGUACCACUGAAGGAAUCCCUGAUGAUCAGCUUUGAAAAUAAAGACAGUUUGAAAAAUGCUGAAGUGACUUCAAGUACAGGAAUGACUCUUCCCACGGGUGUUUCAACCUUUCUCCUAGAGUGUUUAGAUGGAGAUUCAACUGCAGAUUAUAACACAGGUGCUAGUGACAGCCUGAACAGUUGCCCAUCCCCUGAAACAUUCAGAGAUGAUGUCUCAGAACGAAGUUAUUUUCACUCUAAGGAGACUGGCAAAUACAAGAACUCUACUCUUCUGGACUCCAGCAAAGCAGUGAGCAUAGAUAAGAUACCACAGAUCUCAAAUCUUUCAGCAAUAUUAGAACCUGUACUGGAGGAUUUUCAAGACCAAUAUACCAGAAGAAAGACACCAUCAAAUUGCAAUUACAGUUCUUCAGCAUUAAGUGUUUCAACUACUCUGGCAGGAAAAAAAGUCUGUAAAAUUACAGCUGCAAGAGAGAGAACUCCAGACCUAAAAACUGGUAUGCGCUGUUCUUCACCGUUAGGACCGCAAAGAAAGCCUGACAAUCAAACUGCUAAACCAAAAAGUCUGAAGUGCAAGAAAAAAGAAAAAAACUCUACUAUGUUAGAAGAAGGUAUGUCAUCGCUUAGUCAGCUCGAUGCCCCAGGAGAUGCUUCAGCCAAACCAGCGGGGCUGACAGCAGAAGUACUGCCAUCCAAAAGGACAGAUGCUGUGGUGCAAAUUAGUUCCACCAUGCUGAUCACGGAGGCAAAUAAAGCCCUAAAACCCCUUGGUUAUGCUCAGCCUGCAGAGCUAGAUCCUCUGUGUGGCAGGCAAGAAAUCUGCUCCAUUGUCAGAACUUCACCGCGCCUGAGGCCUUCCCAGCUUCACCAAAUGCCAGUUAACCCAAAAGCGUUCUGCCGCCCUGAAGGAGUGCCUGAAGAUACCAUUACGAGUACCAAAAACUGGAUCUUCUGUAAACAAUAA